AUGACGAAAACAAGACACUUCCGACUUGGGCGUAACAGCAGCUUCUACGUAGUUAGAUGGCAGCUGAAGAAGAAGAUAUUUACGGAUUUUGGACAAUCUUGUAGCGUUUGCCGAUGCGUAGCCUAUUUUCAUCAAAGCGUAGGGCCACGUCGUUCUCGUGUAUAGGAAAUGUUAAAUUUCUUAUACACUCCUGUGAACAUUUAUUUUCCAUAAAAAGGAUUUAAUUGUUAAUCAAAUGUGAGUGGCUUUUCUGUCGUUCAAAAAAGCCGAAGUUUUUUUUGACAGCGUUUCAUUUCGAAUAACUAGCAGAAUCUGGUACAGUUUUCAUUAUAUUUUUAUCACACAGCUAUAUAUAUUUCGUAUUGGAUAUAAUAAAAAUAGACAAAAAUUAAUAUUAAAAUAUUUGAGGGAUAGGCAGCAUAGAACUAUUAAUGCAGUAGUGAUGUAACUUCGUUGUAUCGUUGGGAUUGUCGGGUUUUCACGCUGAAAAUUGCAUGCAAGGUAUCUAUUUUAUGUUAAAAUUGCAAGAGUGAUAAUCGAAUAUUAUUUGAACGCUAUAAAAAGUGUUAGUGAUUGCAUAUGCCUAAGAAAACUACGAUUUUGGUAAAAAUUUUAAUAUAAAUGGAUCAUCAUGGUGAGCUAUAAAUAGAAGUUGCUCGGUGAUGUCAAGUGAAAGGGUGGGGUCAUAACAGUUAUUGGCUGACGUUAAAAGGGAUUCGAAAUGUGAUUGGUUGGUUGUGUAACCAUUCUGGGUGGGAUAUGCGCAGAAGUAUUGCGCAGGAAGAGAUUCGCCAGUUGACCAUCCAGUGAUCACCGUUAACUGAAGAGCUUACCUCUCACAUUGAUAGUUUUACUAUUUGUAGCUUUUGCAUAACUGCAGUAUUUGUAGAUUUUUCCGAUUAGGGAAUGCAAAAAUAACGAAACAAUUAAAAUAACAAAGACUGUACAAAAAUCCUAUCGAUUAUUAUCUCCGUUUUUGUGAGGAUAGAUUCUUUGUACAGUUAGUUGAAUGAAAGGACGAUGAGAGUAACGAAGCGUUUCAAGAAUUUCACUUUAAUGAACAAUUAUUGGUGAAAAUAUAUUUUAGGCUUAGAUUUGCGUCAUGAUCCUUUGUUUGUACUUCGAUAUGCGUUAAAUCGUCAAGAAUAACAUCAAAAUGCCACGUAUAGAUCCUCUAUCUUUAUUGAAAUGUCUUAGCGUUUUAUUGGGGCCAACUGGAGGUAUUAAAAGUAAGGAAGAAGUUCAUCGAUUGACUAAUUUAAUGACAAAGUUUUCAAAGAAACUAGUUUCAAAAUGCAUUUACAUCCAAAUAUUAAAAACUACAAAUACUGAUUUACUUAGCCAAUUCAUGGGUGCUGGAGGAUGGAAUCUCAUUCACAUGUGGCUAACUGAUGGUAUUCUUGCAAAAAAUUGGGCUCUUAUUCAAGAACUUCUUGAACUGCUGUUAUUAUGCCCAGUAGAUAUUGAAAGAUUAAAAAGCAACAAUUGCCCGAAACUGAUAAAAGGUUUAUCAAAAGAAGGCAGUCAUCAAGGUGUUAGAGUGUUGGCUAGCCGAUUAGUUGAGCAGUGGUUAAAAAUAGUGAAAGGAGAAGCUGCACCAAAUUCUGUACCAGCACAAAUCAUGACUAUUCCAGUACAAACUCCUGGAACUUUGGGACAUAGUUUAGUUUCCCAAUCGGCACAGCCACAGCAACAACAGUAUUCCAUUCAUUGUGGUAUUCAAGGUUCUGAUGGCUCUGAAAAUGCAACAGUUCAGGUGCAAGAUCUACAAUUUAUUCCAAAUUCUACAUCAACUAUCGCAGUAUCCCAUGUUCAGCAACAACAACAAUCACAAGAGCAGCAGCAUCAGUUACAAGAAAGGUCAACUGUACAAUCAUUACAGUUGCAAGUUGUUAGUAAACCUCAGCAGGUGCAAAUACAACAACAAUUAUCAACACAGCAAUCAAAAAAGCCAUCUUUCGUUGUGGUAUCUACAUCUUCUCAAUCUCCAGUUCCUGUGUAUAAAAUUACAAUUCGUGAAGGGAAACAAAUUCUUACAAAAGUGGAGACGGAUGCUGCAAAUAUUACUAGUGUUUUAAAUGCAAACAGUACAAACGUAGACGUUAACGGAGAUAUUGUGGAUAAUACGCUUCCUGUGAAAGAGAACUCCGAGGAGGAAGCAACAUCUACAGAACUUAGUGAUGGUGUAGUCAGUGGGCAAGAUUGUGAAGCGGAUGUUGUACGAUCUGAAAAAUUAGACCAAGUUUCGAGUGAAGUGAAACAAACUGUAGUAGAUUCCACGGACAGUCUUGAUGUGGAUGUUGUUAAAAGUAGGGACAAUAAAGACAUUAAAGAUAAUGGUAGUAGUGAAAGUAGUAAGUCUAGUAAUAAAGAAAAUCGGGACUCUACUAAGAAAGAUGACAAAAAGUCUAGUAGUUCUGAUAAGAAAAAUCAUCAUAGCUCGUCUUCAUCUUCUAAAAGUUCUUCUAAACAUACCUCAAGUUCCAGUUCGCAUCGUAGUAGUUCCGCAUCUUACAAAUCCAGUAGUCAUCGCUCUAGCUCUAGUAGUAGUAGUUCGAAAAGUUCUAGUUCCAAGGAUAAGUCUUCCAAGGACAAGGAUAAACAUCAUUCAUCCAAUUCAUCUAGUAAACAUAGUUCUAGUAAAAGUAAAUCUGAUAAAGAACGAGAGAAAGAAAAACAGAAGAAGGAUCAGGCAGAGAAGGACAAAGCAACUUUAGAAAAAGUACAAGGACUGGCGCUGAGUUCAAAGUUGGGGAAAAUACCUAAGAAGAAAUCGGAAGAAGAAAAAUCAGGGGAUGCAGCUGUAAGAAAAUCGUCGACCGAUUCACGGGAUAGUUCUAAAGAAAAUAAGACUGAUUCAAAGAAAAUCGUUGCAAUGCCAGAAAAAAAGAAUAUUUCUAUUUCUAUCGAGAGUAGGAAAAAUUCUCAGGAUUCUACAUCACGACCAAAGACUGUGAAAACAUUUAACUCUAAAUUCCGAUCAACAGGUCUGGAGGAAGAAGUCAAACCUCCUCCACCUAGAUCAGCAAAAAAACCAAAUCCUAUCAUUGAUAAAAAGGUUAUACCACAAAAAUUACCUGUUUUAAAGAGGCCAUCUCCACUUAGAGACGCUAUUCCAACGGCGGAUAAACGAGCUAAAUUAUCAUUGGACUCGCCAACAACACCCCCGAGCGAAGAAAAGAAAGGAGGCAUCAAAUUAAUACCACCAAAACCAAAACCAAUGGUUUUGCAAGAAAGCGAUAUGUUUAUGGAUGCUUUGACCGCGUCGACGAAAAGCAAAGAGCCGCGAAAGAGGAAGCGAAGGACAUCAAUCACGAAGGAUGGUCCGUCGGAAGCAAAGAAACAGGAAACUGCCAGUAACGAUAAUCGUGAUGUUACACCUCCACCCACCUCACCACCAAGUGCCGAUGAAAAAUCACCUGUAGUUGUCAAGCCUAACUUUAAGUUCUAUCAAGACACUUUGGAAACAGAUGAAGAUAAAGAGCAGAAAGAGAAAGAGAACUCGGACGAUGAUGUUAAGAAAGAGAAAGAAGAGACUUCCGAUGAGAAAGAAAACAGGAUAUUUAAAACGGAUGUUGACGAUGAUGGAAGUAACACACCAACACCGGACGAUGAUGCAGAAGAAAAGACCUCCGAUUCCCCGGAGGAUACGUCUUCCAUGUCCGAUUCCGCGAAGAAAGAUAACUCCGGUUCUUAUCCAGAAAUACGUUACGUCGAUGGUCUAAGAAGCGUUUUGUUGCUUCAAAAACGCAAAGGGCCGAAGAAAUCAUUGAAAUGGAAGACGGAUUUGGAAUCGGUUCGUUAUUUCGAAUUGGAUGAAACGGAAAGAGUGAACGUAACGAAAACAUUCACCGAUAUGAAACAAAUGGAAAAGCAAAAUGAGAGGGAAGCAUUCCAGAUGGCUAGGAAAUUAAGUACUGAAGAUCUGAUGGAAGAGAGAACAAGGUGGAAACCUUUAAUUCCGAUCGAUCUACCUCCUGCCUUAGUAGAGUCCGGAAAAGAUAGCAGAGAAAAAGAUAUUCAGUAUGCUCGGGAGAAAGGCAUUUUACAAGCGCUGUACUUCAACCGAAGCAUGAUUCCAGACUCGGCAGCAGAGCCUGAUGAAGAACGUCACCAUGUAUAUAGUGAACCCAAAAUCAUUCCUUUGGACGAUCUCACGGGAAACAAGGAAAGUGAAAAAGACUUUACUUCCAUGCCGUGGCCAGAACCAAAACCUCAAUUGCAACCUCAGACGCCUCCAGUUUCGAGCUUCCACUAUUCCUCGUUCCCUCAUAAUCAACAACCAGUGAUGGCACCUAUGGGUCCCCAGACCUCGAUGGGACCAAUUCCUCAAAUGUCUCAGCAGAUGAUGCCACCUUCUCACAUGGGUCCAUUAGGUCCAGAAAUGGGAGGUCCAAUGUCCGCUGGAGGAGGAGGUUGGAGAACUGGGGAUGGAAAAGUAGUUGUACCAGAUGCAAUGGGUAUGAAUCCUAUGGGAAACAUGCCAAAUGCAUUUCCACCUGGAAUGGAAGGUGGUCCGAUGGUACCACCUGGAAUGUUGGGACCGCCGCCUAUGUACAAUCAGCAACAAGAAGGUUAUGGUAUGAUGGGGCCAGAAGACAUGGGAUUUAAUAAUAUGAAUCCAAAUAAUUUUCAAGGACCACCUGGUCCUUUGUACGGUCCUGGGCCUAACUUUCAGGGUCCUAGGGGCGGUGGCCCGAUGCAUGGUAGAGGUAGAGGCGUUCCUGGGCCUGGUUGGUACAGAGGUGGUGGAGGACCUCCACCCAGAGGAGGUGGAUGGAGAGGAGGCGGUGGAUGGAGGGGAAGUGGAAAGCAACCUCCCGUGUGUAGACAAUUUUCAAAAAAUGGUUACUGCCGGGUUGGUGAUAAAUGUCAGUAUCUUCAUCCUGGAGUGAACUGUCCACCGUUUUGAAAUCAGUUGAAGUGAUCGAAGGAUUUAUUGGAAUUUCCAUGGGUAGCAUAAUAUAAGUGUUCGCUUUACUGAAAGUGAACGAAUAAGAAUGAACAAUCGUACGGAAGAUAUCAAAUUGUAUUCGACACAAGCUUAUAUUAGUCGAGGAAAUUGAUUAUAAUGUGCAAUUUUCUAUUAUUACGAAGGAUCAGGCAAAUAAUAUGACAUUUAUACCAUGUAUAUUUUCACAAGAUUGAACUAUAUACAAAUAACUUUCGAUUUCUUUGCAUCGUGUAAUAUGGAAACUGAAUAUUACAAAAGAAUGUCGUGAUAAGUUUAUUUUUCACGAGUAAUACGUGCAGAAUUUUAAUAUCGAAAAACUACUUUGAAUCCAAAAUGACAAUGAAAGGAGAACAAUAGGUUCGUCGGCUGCUGGACGGCAAGAGGUUCCUACACGUUACUUUUUAUUAUAAUUUUAGACAGAUAUUUAAAAAAAGGUCUGCAAUAAUGUCGGAGAUAUUUUUUAUCUAUCUGUUUUUUUAUAAUAUAUUAACAAUUGGAGUCAUGUAGAAGCAAAAUCUCGAUUAACAUGUCUUCCUUUUACGUUCAUAAUUUACAGAGAGUAGCCACUGCCGAAAAAUAUGAAUGAACUAAUUAUAAUAAAAACUAAAAUGUACGGGAAUCGUCGUGGAUUUUAAUCUUAUUGGCAUGACCAGUGAUGAUUUCAAAGUGUAUGACGCUAAUGAGCAGGAAGUGCAAAUUCCAAUAUAAGAAGCAUUUGUCUUUCAGAUUGCCAGAUGGGUGUCUAAUCGCUUUCUACUAAUGAAUAUAUGUAAUUAAAAUACUGUUAAAAAUGAAUUGAGGGUAAUAUACAACGUAAAAUUGUAACACCAAAAGUUCAAAUAAUGAGUUAAAUAACUUUUUAUUAAAUUAAGAUAUCUUACAUUUAGUCGUGUACGUAGAUUGAUUGUAAAUAUUAUAAUUGUACCAUUUUGUAUAAAAUGUCGCUAGCUCUAAUAACAAGAGACUGUUUUAGGCUUAAAAUACUAUGUAAUAAUAUAAAAGAAGGCAACUUUUUAGUAAAAACGUGUAUGUAUAAUUUGAAAUAGUUCAAUGCGAAACGAUCUAAUAUUUGUUGAGUACAUGUUCAUUUAUAAAUGUGAACUUGUUCUCUAUAAAACGAGAUCGCAAGCAUACUAUUGUAUUAAAUAUUUUUUACGAAUUAA